AUGUCUCCACGUAGAAGAAAGUCAGAAAGAAUCAGGACGGAGGAGCGGCUUCAGUCUCACGAUGGUGGCGCUGUCCGUGUUGUGGUCCAGGGAUCCGGUCCUUGGCGAGAGCUCGACGUGUCUCUGGUGGAAUCUGCUUUCCGGAGACAUUCCACUGUGGUGGAAUUCUCAUCCAACAAAGAAGUGGAGCCCAGCACUGGUCAGUGGAGUAUACUUCUGUGUCUGAACACCAGCAGCAAGGCUCAGGACGACUGUGUGGUCACCUCCAUGGGACAUCAUUCUGUCAAACAUCACCAACAGGUGAACAUAAUUCCCAAAAUACAAAGCUUUCUGAACCAGCCGGAAGUGCUUUGUCUCAGAACCAACAACUCUAGCAAAGGAAGCUGGUGCAACACAGACCUUCCGUGCACCAACCUCUCCUUCCUGUUUCUACCCAAUAAUGUUAGCCGGGUGCGCCAGGAAUCUGGGAGUUGUGAGGAGUUCUCGGUGCUGGUACUUCCGUCCAACAUGUCUGCCGGCAUGACUCUGGCACCGUGCGCAGGAAACAAUGACAGUGGCUCAGGGGUGGCGCUGAAGCUGCCGACCAGUUUGCUGACGUGGACAGACGCCCACUCAAAGAAGAAAGUCUUCGACACCACCAGCGACAGCCCCACGGUCAUCCCCGACUCACGUGACGAAGACGUUUUUGUCGCUUGGAAGGAGGCGUUGGUGUGGCGGUUCUCGGUCCUUGUGACCUCACUGUCCCCCCUGAGGGUCUACCUGCACCCCGAGGGUCUGGCUUGGGAAGGACUUGCUGCCUACUUGAAGGCAAAGCUUUUCUCUCAGGGAGUUGCAAAAAAUCGCAGCCGGUCGUCAUGGAAACGCAGCGGCUGCAACGGUGCCAGUGAGUGUUCUGGAGGAGGCGGUGAUGGGCAUUUUGACGAAGUGGGAGUUCGCACCUGCCGAUGUGUCAGAAAGAGAAUGCUGCAGGUGUUUCCACUUAGUGGAGAUGACGGCCAUCUUCAAUACCACGUUUCAUCCAUUCAUUUGCAGGUUGCUUCAUGUGACCUCGCAUCGCACGUGACCUCAAUGAGCGAAUUCCGCGUGCGACAGAAACUUGUCAACGACCUCUCAGGUCUUCUGCUGGAGCGAAGAAACGUUUCGGCUGACCUGGCGCAAGGGUUCAUGGGCCUGGGUGUGGCCAACCUCUUCAAGGGUCACGUGUGCAACGGGGAUGGGUCGUUCUGCCUUGGCCCCAGAGAACAGGAGUACCUCGUGGACAGCCUGCGAGAACACUCGGCCAAAACCGCGUGGAAAAGAGUGUACCCGAGUGCUACAGCGGUCCGGUUUACGGGUCUGCUACAGAGAGGAAAACCUCUAGAAACCACCGAGGCUCUGCCCCUCAACUCCAACUCAUCCGUGGUCACGCCCCCUGCUCUAGACAAAGGUCAGAGAAAGACCACAGCGCACCUUCAUUCCUUCCUUCUCAGUCUGGAGAGUUUCUUUCAAGGGACUGGCGAAGAGCAGGCGGAGUCCUUUGAGGAUGUCAACAUUCCAGUAGACCAAAAUGAGAAUAACGAGGUAUUUCCAUCUUGGCCUGGAGGUCAAACAUGGAAUGGUAGUGUGCACAAAGGUCUAACCACUAGUCCUGCAUGUAGUAAUGAUCCUACUGCCAUACCUUACCUCAGCAGCAUUAAAACACAACCUCCAUUGGUUCUAAGACCUGAGUUCUCUCCCCUUGUAACAGAGUAUACAGCCGAGGUUGACCAUCAUGUGCUGCUUAUAUCAGUGUGGGCUUGGGCACAAGGGUGUUCUUCGCAGGCUCGGCUUGAGGAGAAGCAUAACAAGAACAUGUUUGCAAACUUCACACUUGGUCUUGGUGACAAUGUACUGAAAAUCUAUGUGGUGGACAUCCGCAACAAGGAGCCGUGGGUCCUGAACAUGUACACCUUGACUGUGCAACGACAGGAUGUUGAUCAGGGACUUGGCUCCUUAAAGCCAGGGAUGCCACAUGUUGUGUGUACUCUGAAACAGGACUGCUCACUUCCUUUUGCACCCCAAGAGCCAUGUGGACUCCAGCCAGCACGAUGGGUCAGUUCCUGGUCUAAAUUCCUGGCCAUGAGAUCGCUAUUACCUUCCUGUAAGAGGGGAGAUGAAACUGGACAGUGGUACCUACCAUGUUCACACUGCCGAGAUGAGGAUGCCCAGUGCUUCUGGCGUGAUGCCGUCUGGUCUUCUGCUGACUGCCAGGAGCCUGUUCUGCCAAAGGAUGAACUUAUCAGUUGCUUUUCUGGCAAGAAGGUCUUGUUUAUUGGUGACUCAACAAACCGGGGAGUUCUUCAUUAUUUGUCACAAAGAGUUAAUGGAACUUUGUGGGAGUGGGACAAAACCCACAACCUGCGUGUUUACCCUGGUCUCAAUAACAACACCACCUUCUUCGGCUUUGCCUACUACCCACAGUUCUGGUUACCAGCAAAACAUCGACCCGUCUUUGACAAAGCAUUUUACCAGCUGAUUCGAAGAACAUUACCUUUGGGAAACAGCUCCAGUACAGUAGUGGUCGUUGGUGGGGUUCACUGGUUAGGAACUCAUCAUCUUAAAGUCAUAAUGUCAGCACUGGCCAGAGAAGGGCUAACAGCUGCUCGCAUAGUGGUGAAGGGCCUUGGCUCAGGCUUUCAUCUUCCUGUCAGUGGCAUUCACCAGCUGUCACAGAAGGAGCAAGAGAGGUUGCUGCUCCACAACCAUCAGGUCCUGGCAUAUGCCAAGAACCAUAGCAUGGAAGUGGUGGACACAUUCAACAUGACAAUGGCCCGUUACUCACAUUUUCUUCAGGGCAGAUGUUCUUGUCACUUUCACAGGGUUGUUCCAGAACAGCCGGUAAAAAGACAUACCAGCCAGUCGCUGCAUCAAUCAACAUACAAAGUUGAAGGAGACAUAAAUGCAGCAUAUUCUGAAAUGGUCAUCAACAGAAUAUGCAAACCACCAUAGGCUUAUUUAAAAUGUCAAUCUGAAAGAAGAAGCAUGCAACUGUAGCUUCACUAAUUGUAACUUAUAAUCAGGUUGGAAUAAAUUAUAAUUUUUACAUAUUCAUAUUAAUAGUUAAUUUUUAGUCAUAAAGAAUUCAUAGAAACAUUAAGAUAUAGAAGAAAUAGACAUAAAACAAUAACCUUGGUUUCCAAGGAAAAUGAAAAAUAAACAGAAAAGAAUCUGCUGUUUUGAGGCUAGUGAAAUUUUAUAUUUUAGAUGAUAUAAAGGCAAUAUAUAGUAAAAUUAUAUUUUUGUUUAUUUUAGAACUAUAUUUCAUGUUUUUUUCUCAAGUCUUAAAAAAGCUUUAAAAAUUCUGAAACUUUUAUAGGCAGCUUUAGGUAGACAUAACUGAUAACUAUUUCCACAUCUGAAUAUGUUAAGUACAUGUCCAUUGAAGAAAAGACAGAAAGCAGACCUCUUUUCCACAGUACACAUAUAUUGUCACUGGUGGAGACAUCAUGUCACACCAAACAUUGUGAUACAAAAUAAGCUGGAUAUAAUGAAGUUGAUAUUAUCACAAAGUGCAAGGAAAAAAAACUUGAUCUAAACCAUUCCAUGGGCAGUGACAUGCUAUCAUUAAACUGAAAGUUUAAUUACAGUGCCUGAAAAAAAUGUUCCAGAGAAAUGUUCCAUUGCUCCAUAAAUUUUCUUUAUUUUGCAUUUCAACUGAUUUUAUACAUGUGGCAUGGAGUUACUUGUGCUUAUUUAUCUCAAUAUUGAAUAUUUAGUCACCAGAUGGCUAUAAUUUUGAAAGGUCUGUCCUUGUGUGUGUUUGCACAUGUGCAUAUAAGCACAAAUGUAUGCAUGUGUGCAGUUGUGGUGUGCAAACAGGCACAGUUGUAAUUGCAUCUGUGCAGCAUUUCUCUUGAAUGCCUCUGUUUCCAUUUUACUCCAUUUUGCUGCUGAUUAGUGAUGCAAGAUUUCCUCAGAAUACUCGAUUAUCAGUACAUACUGGAAAAAGAAGACUAACAGAUAUCUAAUUUGUCUUCUGAUGUUAAUAUAUGGCUAUGCAGCAAUUUGUUUUAAGCAAUGCAAGCUAAUAUCAUUUAGGUUUUUAACUAUAAGCAUGAAAACGCCUGUGAUGUCAUUGUAUGUGCCCAAAGAAAAAGUAUUCUUAACACAAUUAGAAGUAUAAUCAACCUGUGUGCUUGGUUAUCUGGCUUUUUCAUUCUUUGAUCUGUUACUCUACCCUCUUUUGGUCAUUUAUCCACAUUCUUAUAUAUCUUUUAAUUGUAUUUACCGAGUAUUGUAAUUUUCUUUUGUAAAUCACAUUUAUUUUUGUAGUUUGUGAUGUAUUCUCUGUUGAGGCCAUGGAAUGAGUCAUUGACAGGUGGCAGAUAAAUACUCACUGGUGUUGCAAAGUAAAAAUGGUGACUGCUGGGUCACACACAAUUUUUUUUUAACUUCUCAGGGACAUAUACGUUAACCAGAAUGAUUUGACUCUUAAAUCUUUUAAGUAGGAAUGAACAAAUUCUGGUACCUGUAAGCUUGCCAUAAUACAUAAAAAUUUACAGUUAGUCAUGUUUGCACCUGUGAACUUGAUCACUGUGAGCAUAAGGAUUGCUUGGUUAUUCAUGCUAUCUGUAAAAUGUUUACAUAGCAUUAACUUAAAUAAAUCAUUUACAAGUUUUUCAUGUGUUGUGCAUAGUGUACAUUCUAAUACAGCAUACAUUUUUGCAUAGCAAGCUACUUUUUCUUUCGUAAAUCUUUCAUCUUAUACAUUUUACCUCACCAUGACCACUAUUCAGGCUAUAGUCUGGAAGAACACAAAAGUCAGCUGUCAGCUGUAGAUAUAUGUGGGUUUAUUUUUGUAUUAUCUAGCUGCAAAACUUCCACACUGUCAGUAAAGAAAAACAAACAAACAAAACCAAAUUAAACAGCAUGCACGAAAUCAGUGAUCUAAUAAACCAAACAAAAAAUGUGCAAAACUGAGUGAAGAACCUUUCUUUCAACUUGAUCAAAAAAUUAAUAUCACAAGCAUAAUGCAACAUGUCAUAUCUCAGCUAUCUCUGUUGUUUAAUUUGAUCCCUGUUGAAGUUUGUUGUCAUAUCAGAAUAUUUCCCUGAACACGCUUAGAUUAUAUGAUUGGUUUUUUUUCAAGGCUAAUGACUCUUCAAUAUAAUUCUUGGUAAUAAAAGCUACUGAUUGAUAUGUUGGUGUUGGUGCCAGUGGCAAAACGUUAAAAUAAAAAAAAAAAAUCAGAGGCGCAUAAUUCUCAUGUUCAAAAGCUGGCACAUACAUAUUAGAAAAAAA